AUGACAAGACAAGAAGACAAGAAGACAAGAAGACAAGAAGACAAGAAGACAAGAAGACAAGAAGACAAGAAGACAAGAAGACAAGAAGACAAGAAGACAAGAAGACAAGAAGACAAGAAGACAAGAAGACAAGAAGACAAGAAGACAAGAAGACAAGAAGACAAGAAGACAAGAAGACAAGAAGAAUUGUGUGUAACGUUUGAGAUGGUUCAAGAGGAUAACACAGGAAGAGAAGAAGGGUAUUGGGAAGCGUUUGAGUUAUUUUUUUAA